UAAUCGAGUCUGAACAGAAAGGAGGCAACCCGGAAGUGCAGUUCAAGAGCAGCAAAGUUCGCUGACACCUGUACUAACUCUUCUUCUUGCCAGUGUUACCUCGUUCUUCUUGACAAAAUGCCCGAAAGACACACACCAAGGAUUGUGGCCGCCAGGAGCAGCGCCAGUGACAGCCUGGAGGGCUUCAAAGCGCACGCCGUGUUCCAGGAGAUCAAUAAGAAGCUGCAGCAGGACGGCGACGCGUUUGUGAAGAAGAUCGGCGGCGUGUUUGCAUUCAAGGUGAAGGACGGUCCGGGCGGUAAGGAGGCCACGUGGUUCGUCGACGUCAAGAACGGCAGCGGCUGCGUGCACAACGACACGGCCAAGAAAGCAGACUGCACCAUCGCCAUGUCCGACUCGGACCUGCUGGCCUUGAUGACAGGAAAGAUGAACCCACAGACGGCCUUCUUCCAGGGCAAGCUGAAGAUCACCGGCAACAUGGGCCUGGCCAUGAAGCUCCAGAACCUUCAGCUGCAGCCGGCCAAGGCCAAGCUGUAGACGCCCGGCGGGGUCACCCGGAGGCGGAGGCGGAGGCGCGGGAGUCCGCUCACACGACUCGAAGCGACCGAUUUUAGGACUUGGGACUUGCUUGGACCGGAAGUAGGAAAUACUCGCCUCGACUUUGACUUAAAGUAUGUGACUUGGCAAGUGUUGCCUGUUACAUUUGAAAAUGUGCAUAACGAUUCAAUAUUCAAGUGUACCUUCUGUUUUGUUUUUGAAAGAAAAGUUAUUUUUUGUGAGCUUUGCAGCUACGAUGCAAAGUGCAGACGCAAGUAGUAAUUACUUUUCAAUUUGAAUUCAACUGUGAUUUUUUUUUUUUUUUUUUUGGGGGGGGGAUCAAAAUGGGAUUAAGAGAGAGGCAACAUGCAUGCGAGGUUUGCAAGUCAAAGAUAAGAGACGGACUCCAAUGACAUUUCACUUCACUGGUGACUAUAAAAGCCACAAAGACAGAUGAGCUACGUUAACAUCACAGUUUAGCUGAUUCACUUUGACAUCAGUUAUGCUUUUAUUUGGCAAGACAAAGUAAUAAACAAUACCAAGGCUGUUUUGGGACCAUGUUAGUCCAACUAACUAAUUAACGAACACAAGUACAGAUGGCUAAUGAACAAAUACAGUUGUCCCUCACCAGAUCGGGGUUCACUUUGACUUUUUUCCAUGUGGUGGAUCUUGAGCUGUACCGCAGAAUUUUGUGGCAUCCAUUUUGUCACUGCAGAAAAAGCGGCGCAAUCAGCCCCGGCCGACAAGGAGGAAAUUGUGUGUAAAAGGCAGAGAAUGGCCAACGUGUGGGAUCCAUUUACAGUGCAAUGUGUGUGCCGCAGAGCGGAACUGCUUCGCCCCAGUGCGUGUCUACGGUAAAGUAAGCGCGGUCGGCUCCUUGAACGUACGUAGCCUACCACCGCUAGUUGGAACUAGCAUAAGAGGGCUCGACAGCAACUUUUGCGCCGGUGGCACGUGAUUUGCUCGCACUCUUUCUUGGGUUGUUACAGCAUGACCACGCAAGUCCUGACUUGACUCCACUUGCUUUGUGUGACUUUUUCUUUUUUUCUUUUUUCCCAGUUCGGACUAGAGACUCCCUCGAGACUUCCUCCCACCUCUGGCGGGAAGGGCCUCAAAGAUGGAGUCCAACACGUGUUUUACAUUUAGCGCGGCGUACUCAUUUACAUCCUUUUUCCACCUUUAAUCAUCUGAAGUCUUUUCUGUUAAUUUGGCCAACAUGAGCGCUGUUACCGUUUCUUUUUAUAAUUUUUUUUUUUUUUUUAAGCUCGCACUCAACGAGGGUAAAGAACUCUGUGAAUUUUGAGCCGUUUAACUUGUAGGACCUUAAAUGCGGACGUCUGCGUCGCGCCGCUGCGUGACGGAAGCUUCCGGACUGCCGCGUUGACCCACUUUUCUGCUCGGCGCUCAGGCUGGGAUUACUCUGGCGGAGCCCGCCGGGAUGCGCGGGAUUGGUGUCAUCCCCCUUGUGUGCGCGUGUGCACAAGACACACUGGAACACGUUGACGUUCCCGCACGAACAAGGUCACCUGCAGGUUUUCGGACAUUUUCUAUUUUCUUCGGAAAGCGCGGCGGUCUCAAACUUUGGAAUUCUUAUCAUAGGAAUUGUUCUUCGGGUCGUUUUUGUUGAAAUAUCACACCCUGCUCGAUCUGUGACGUAGCCUCCGGUUACGCUGACGACGGACAUUAAAGAUGCAAAAAAUGUUUUUUUAGGAUCCAAGAAAUGGUUUUUAGGGUUGACUUGGGACAUUUAAGUGUUUGUUUGUUUUUCAUAGAAAAAAUUCAGAUGGAUCAAACUGUCUGCAAUCUAAUCUUACAAUGUCUAACUACAGUUCAUUCAUUAUUCAUUUUAAUGAAGUGCUCUGUGAAAUAGGAGUCAAGUAUAACAAACUGAUUGAUUGUUUUUAAGAUGAUCGACAAUUCCCUGUAAGAUUAAAAUGGUAAUGGUGACAAUAAAGUUUGUCUUUC